UGCCGGUACCCGACGGGCUAUGAGCGUUAUCACAAGUUCUGGUGCCGGGAAGGAGGUUUGUUCUGUUCCAACGGGAUUCACAUUGUUGACACCGAUGGGUCGGAGGCGGAGGUGACGCGGGACAGAGUCUCCAUCCGAGACAAUCACACCCAGCGCGUGUUCACUGUGACCCUGGACAACCUGACACGGGCAGACGCCGGCACGUACCACUGCGGGGUAUUGAGAACUGGGCUUCCUGAUCUCAGGGCCGCUGUGGAAGUCACCGUCUCCCCAGCUGUUCCUUCCCCAAACCCGACUGCAAGGACACCACAUGCAACAAAGCAGCCAGAUUCACCUCCUCCAACAAAGGCUGAAUCCAGUUUCUCCCCUACGGCACACACCACUCCUACACGAUUCCAACCCAGCAUCAUCUGUUUCCUGCUCCUGAUGUUAUUGAAGGUUCUCCUCUUCCUGUGCAUAGUCUGUGCUGUGAUCUGGAUGAGCGUGCGCUACAGGAGGAGCCACAGGGAGAUGGUGCCAGACAGACAAGCUCAGGAACUGCCUCUUUGCUAGUUCUUAGCAACGGAUUGGAACCAGCAGAAGGAGGAUUCAUUUUCCAGCUUUGCACCAAGUAUCCCACACCAUGGGCCUGAUUUUCUACUCAUGACAAGUGAAGCUAUUUCCCUCAUGUUCUCGGAGGAUGAAGUCUGCUGGAGGUGUCUGACUCGAUGUUUCCCAGGCCAGGAUAUGUAAGGAAGUGUAACUCCACUGAAGUCCCAGAACCAAAUACAGGGUCAGACCCAGCAGUGACAGAGGCUGCCCCAAGUUAGCUGGGCUCUACAUAGUCACAGUGACCUCAGGUGAAAUGCGGGAGCUGUCACCAGGUGUUCUCCAGAAGGGAUUGUGUGCAUGGAAUUCCCUCUCUCCCUUCAUCUGGACUAUCCCAGACACGUUGACACUGCAAAGGCCAUCUCAUUUUCCAGGCUUCUGGGGAAGUGGGGUGUACUGAGAACUGGGAUUUGUACAUUGAGGCUCGGGAUCACGCUAAUGGAAUCACAUUUUUUCCUAAAGCAAAGACAUUUAUGAAAGAAAACAGACACAACUGCACAGGGAGACAGACUUCCACACAGCUUGAGUCCCAGCUUGCCGGGUUGCUUACCCAGCCCCACACCCUCUCUGGGACAAUGUACAGUUCACACAGACACCUACUGGGUGAAUGAUGUAACUGCAAGCACACAUAUUAUUGACGGAUAUUCUUUUUAACCCCUUCCUAGACUUGGGAAGGCUGCUGUGUUUAGUUUUGUUUGUACUAGUUUGUUUGUAUUUUUAGUUUAUGGCAAAUGCACCUGGAGCCCUGGAUACAAUUUCUUAUGUUUUAGAUAAGUAAGUAAAUACAUAAAAUAUUUUACAUUAAAUUACUGGAACGUUA